AUUUUAUUUGUCAAUGUCAAUAAUUUUAGACGACUUGCUUCUCGCUCGUCAAAAAAAUUCGCUUCUCUUGGCGAAAUGACGAUUUAACAGUGUUUUGAUGUGAAUUAUGUGAUUGUGCCGUCAUAAUUGGUGUUAUUACUCAAUCCCGACAAUGUCUCACGAUACAGACCUCCUCAUAACUGUGCCCCGUUCGUGUAUUAAUGAAUUCUACAACAAAUAUCUAAAUCUUGUUGAAACAUUUUACUGUGUAACUUUGUCUCAGAACAGUUCUACUCAAUCAAAGGAAAAACCAGAUUUUGUAUACUUCCAUGUUACUUUUAAUUUGAGUCCAGCUGAUGGAAACUUUAAUCCUCAAGAAAUUGUUGGUCGAAUACAGAAAUAUGUGGAGUCAUCGCUGGGCUGGGCCGGGGAGCGGGGGGAGGACUCGAGCUACGACUCGGAGUGCGACGACGAGGGGGGGCACCGCGCCGCCUCCCGCACCCCCUCGGACACCCUCGCUGCCGAGUUUGCUGAGUACGUGACCCUGGCGCCGCAGCCGCUGCCCAAUCAGGCAAAGAUAGAGUUCGCCGUGAAGCUCGGAUACUCCGAACGUCUCGCCAGAACCGCCUUACAGCGGCUGGGGCCAGAUCCUCCACGGAAUGAGCUUCUGGCGGAGCUGAUCAAACUGGCGGCCAAGCAGCCGCCACGCGCGCCGUCGCCGCCGCCGCCCGCGCAGCCCGAGCCCGAGCCCGAGCGACCGGCUCUGAGGCAUAUUGUGAUUGAUGGGAGCAAUGUUGCUAUGAGCCAUGGAAACAAGGAAGUAUUCUCGUGUCGGGGCAUCGAGAUCUGCGUCGACUGGUUCCGAGCGAGAGGGCACAAGGAGAUCACCGUGUUCGUGCCCAAAUGGCGCAAGGAGGCGUCCCGGCCCGACAACCCCGUGGCGGACCGCGACGCGCUGGAGCGGCUCGAGCGGGACCGCGUGCUGGUGUACACGCCCAGCCGGCUGCUCGGCGGCAAGCGGCUCGUGUGCUACGACGACCGCUACGUGCUGCGCCUCGCCGCCGAGACCGACGGCAUCGUCGUCUCCAACGACAACUACCGCGACCUGGCCGCCGAGAGCCCCGACUUCCGCAAGGUGGUCGAGGAGCGCCUCCUCAUGUACUCCUUCGUCAACGACCGCUUCAUGCCGCCCGACGACCCGCUCGGCCGCGCCGGGCCCACGCUCGACGCCUUCCUGCGCGCGCCCCCCUCCCGCGCCGACCCGCCGCCCGCCUGCCCCUACGGCCGCAAGUGCACGUACGGCAACAAGUGCAAGUUCCACCACCCGGAGCGCGCCGGCCGCCCGCACAAGUCCGUGGCCGAGAAGCUGUCGGAGCGCGCGGCGCGGGCGCUGCGGCCGCGCGACCUGCACACGCUGUCCCUCCCGCCCGGCGGCCGCGCGCCCGAGCCCAAGCGGCCGCUGGCUCGAGCGCACUCCGCUGCGCCGCGCCUCGCCGACGCCGCGCUCGCCUCGCACUUCGACCGCGCGCAGGCGCAGCCCGGGCCCUCGCAGCCCGACAACCCGCACCGCAAGCUGGCGCGGCAGCUCACGCUCAACCCGGCGAGCGACCCGCGCCUGGGCCACGCGGCGGCGGCGCGCGUGCCCUCCGCGCCCGCCGGCCCGCCCGCCCCCGCGCCCGCCGCCCUCCCGCCCUGCGCCUCCGAGGGCGCGCUGCACCACUGGGAGGCGAGGCAGCGCAUGCAGUACCACCUGGCCGGCAUCUUCCCCAAGGCGCACGUGGCGGAGGCGAUGGCCACGUACCCGGACGAGACGGACGCGCAGAAGAUGUGCGCCAUCAUCCUGCACCGCUCGCGCCCGCACGAGGGCCCCCCCCGCGCCCCGCACUGAUGCCCCCCCUCCGACACCCGCGACUGCUGCCACGGAUCGUGUUGCAAGUUAUGACCGCUGGGUUGUGCUUGGUUUUGCAAGUGAAAUCAUGUUCAUACAUUCAGUCGGUCAGUGUUCAUUGUACAGGAGAGGAAUCGGAGGUGCCAAACGUGAGAAUCGAAUGUUUUUUUCAAGGAAAUUGUUUGGGCAGGCAUUUAUAUGUUGUACAUUCUCAAUUUAUGUACGGUGUAUGCUUCUGAGAAGCGUACUGUAUUAAAUAUUUUAGCCCGUAAAAUGAUUCUUAGACAUGUACAAAACAUUUAUCUUUAUAAAUACUAAAAAUAUCUAACACCCUAAACAACUAAUCACGUAUUUAGAUAAGGAUGUAUCCUAAAAUAUACAAUACACAAAUACUGUUACCAAAUCAUUGGUAAUAGAAUGGAAUCUGAUUCCUUAACUUAUUUUUUAUUUACAUUUUUAUAAGAAACCAGUGACAUUGUAUGGACACUUCUAAACAUAUAAAUUUUUAUUUAAGUAUAUCAAAAGAACUAACUUAUUAGUUUUGACCAUAAUUUAGACACAAAAAUAACUUUUAACAUUGGUUAUCAUUAUACAUAGUAUUUAGGCUUAAUACUUGUGAUUUGUGGUCUUAUGAUUGGUACCAUGUACCUACAAAAUUAGGCCGAAUUUAGGAAAUAUUAACAUAGCUGUUUUUUGUAGCGAAAUAUAUUUUCUUUUAGAAUAUUCAUACGAAUACUUGUUAUAUUUUUACUAAUUUCUUGUAUGAAGGUUUGAUGUUAAUCUUAAAGUUGGAGAGGUAAAUGAUAACAUGUUAUGUUAGAGGAUAUCUCCACCAUAAGAUGUGAGCCGGCCAGAUAUAUUAUGGACUAAGAGUCAUUAUCGUUAUAAGAUUGAAUACAAAUUGUUAUGUUUGAUUUUAAUUAAAUUGAACUGUAUCUAAACAUGAAAUGCAAUGCAUCAGUUGAAAGCGUAAGAUAAAUAUAUCUACUAGCAUAUUGUACUUCACUUAAUUUGUAAAUGUUUACUUUUGAGUAACAGUGGAGUGCAGCAUGCAUACCUAUAGUGCCUGUUUCACUAUGUCUAGAUAAAAUUUAUCUGUGUAAUAAAAAUCAUGUUGGUGACAGUAUGGCUUUCAUCCCACACAUAACCUUUAUCAAACAUUGAGAAACAGAGGCUUAGCAUAGUAUUUGAAUACAAUUUUACUAAAAUAAUACCUACUCCCUCAAUAAUAUGAAAUGUUUAAA